CUCUGUUGUGAAGUGGUUGUUAAUCGCGACUUACGACGAUAUUUUCCAAAACAUACAAAUAGCGAUUGCCGAAGAGUCUUACGGUGAUCAAAUUUUGUGAAAAAGCUAUAUAAAGAUGAGCGCCAGGCUUCUAAAAGAUCCUGCUACUGCGUCUAGCCGUAUAUUUAUAGGCCAUUUACAAACUGACGAUAUUACGAAGCUGGAAUUGGAGGAGCAUUUUGCCAAAUAUGGCAUUGUUAUAGCAUCAGUGAUAAACAGAGGUUUUGGAUUUGUACAGUUUGAAGAAGAACAAUCUGCACAAAAUGCUAUUCAAAAGGAAAAUGGUGCAAUGUUUAAAGGCAGACGUAUAGAUGUUAGACCAGCAAAGAAAGAUACUCAAUCUAGUGGUGGUAUAGGAAAUGCAAAUACAAAACAAAUUGGCGGAUUAAAUAACCAGUUUAAUUCCAUGAAUCAAUUCAAUAAUGCAAACGAAUCAUUUGGUAUGAAUAAACCAAAUUAUGCUGGUGGGAUGAAUCAGAAUUUUGGGAAUGACAAUAUCUUUGGUAACAAUCAAAAAGAUUUGAAUACUCUAUCUAGAAGCGGUGGAAAUAAUCUCUUUGAUGAUGGGAAUCAAACUGGAAGUAAGAAUAAUGAUCAAUUUAAUGGAAAGAAUAAUAAUAAUAAUAGUGGAAAUGAUCAUUUUAAUAAUCCCAUGCAAAAUCGUGGAAAUAAUCAAUUUAAUACGAACAAUCCAAAUCGUGGAAAUGAUGGUCCUGGCAAUCAAAAUAGAGGCGCUAACAAUCAAUUUGGAAAUAACAACCAAAUGGGAAAUCAGAAUAGGCCUGGAGGAAACCCAAACCGAAAUCAAACUAAUAUAGGCAAUAACCAAAACCAAAAUGCCAGUGGUAUAGGCAUGGGAAUUGUUAGACAUCGUGGAACAAGAGGAGGAAAGAACAGAAAUAAAAACAAUCAGAACAAUCCAAAUAAUCCAAAUAUAAAUAAUUUCAGAGAUCGAAGUCCAAUUAAUAGAAAUAAUCGGAUGGAAGAUAAAACAAAUAGAGAUUGGGAUCUCAAACAAGGAGAUAGACUACGCAAUAAUAAUUUUCCCAGAGAUUCAUUUAAUGAUAGUGGAAGUCGUUAUGAUGAUUUCAAAGCUCCUGGACCUAGAGAGACAAAUACUAAUUUUGGGAACACUAGUGGAUCAUCUGAUUAUCUUGCCAUCGCAGCUGAGAAGAAUGACUGUGAAAUUAUUGUUGUUAAUAAAGCGUUAACGAAAUAUGCAGAAGAUAUCGAAUUACGUUUGAAGCAAAUUGGUUUAAUGGUAGAUUUGCUGUUCCCAAAUGAAGAUGUUCCUUUAGGUCGUGUUUUGGGAAAUAUAGCGAGUCGUGGCUGUCUGUAUGCUGUAGUCGUUACACCUGUCAAUCACGAGCAUCAUUCAUUAACAUUGAAUAUUUUACAUGGUUUGCCACAAGAACACAGAAACAUGCCUGUUGAAGAUGCUAUAAACUUGAUUUCACGAGAUUUUGCAAAUUAUAAAUCUGGUGGCCGUUCGGUUCCUUUGAAUACACCUCUUUCAAGCGACCGUCAUCCAGACGCUAUUCAAGUUCUUCUUAACAUGUUGGCUGAUAAUCAUCAGCUUACAGUUUUGCAGUAUGAUCGCGUCAUAAAGUAUCUCGAUAUAAAACGCGAGGAACAAGUACAAGUUGAAUUGGGUGAUGCAAAAGAUUUGCCAGUAAAAACAUCGCUCACGUCAAUCAGUGAUCCGAAACAGGCAGAAUUACAAACAAGAAUAUUAAAUAUAUUAAAUAGUAAUAAAACUGCAUCAACAACAGUGGAGCCUAGUCCAGUACCACCACCAACUCCAACGCCAGUCUCGGUAUCAUCAGCUAAUUGGGGGACAGCAUCAAACACGGUCACCUCAUCGACAACAACCUCUUCUACAGGAGUUUCACCUUCACCUCUUCUAAAUGAUCCGACGGUUCAGAAAGCUCUUGACAGUCUUUUGCAAGGUAAUCUAUUGAAAAAUAUCGGCGAUCAACCAACACCUACAACAACAUCUGGAGCACCAUUAUUUGCUGCUUUCUCUAAUAUUGGUAGAUUUUAACCGCUGCAUUGAAUUUUAUUAUACAA